ACAGAUGAUUCGAGAACAAGAUCGCUUGCCUCUUGCCAAAAAAAAAAAAAAAAAAAAAAGAUCUUGCUUAAUGCGAUUUUUUAAUUUCUUUCUGUGGUCAGAGUCAAAAACAACGGAAAAGAAAUUUGAAAAAUCAAACCGAAGGGGAAGGGGAAGGGGCUGGAUCGAUCGAAUCGAUUGAUCAUUUUUCAAUUGCGACAGAAAUUCAAAUCUCUGAUGUUGGAUUGCGUCGCCAAUUUCAAUUGAAACCUCUCAAUCUCAGUUACUAGAUCUAACAAUCACUGCAUUUCCCCUCGAAGCAAUGAUAACCAUCCCGUAUCUGACCGCGUUGACCACAUACUUCAGCUAUGGAUUGCUCUUUGCUUUUGGCCAAUUCCGCGAUUUUUUCAGGAAAAUUUUCGAUUGGUGGCAUGCCAGCAAUCUUCAGGGUUACGCGCCGAUCUGUUUAGGGCUUGAAGACUUCUACAUUCGACGUCUCUAUCUUCGAAUUCAGGACUGUUUUGGACGGCCUAUAUCAAGUGCUCCUGAUGCUUGGUUUGAUGUGGUUGAACGUUACUCCAAUGACAAUAACAAGACAUUAAAACGAACUUCAAAGAUAACUAGUUGUCUUAACUUAGGAUCAUACAAUUACCUCGGCUUUGCUGCAGCUGAUGAAUAUUGCACGCCACGUGUCAUUGAUACAUUGAAUAGGUUCUCCCCAAGUACUAGUAGUACUCGUGUUGAUGGAGGAACUACAACAGUGCACACUGAAUUGGAGGAGUGUGUUGCAAACUUUGUUGGAAAGCCAGCUGCCAUCGUCUUUGGCAUGGGCUAUGUUACAAACUCUGCCAUCCUUCCUGUCCUGGUUGGGAAAGGAGGGUUGAUAAUUAGUGAUUCCUUGAACCAUAACUCAAUUGUCAAUGGUGCUCGUGGAUCAGGAGCAACGAUUCGAGUUUUCCAACAUAAUACACCAUCUCACUUGGAGAAAGUAUUGAGAGAACAAAUUGCUGAGGGACAACCUAGAACGCAUAGGCCUUGGAAGAAGAUAAUUGUCAUUGUUGAGGGUAUUUAUAGCAUGGAAGGGGAACUCUGCAAACUUCCAGAGAUUGUUGCUAUAUGCAAGAAAUAUAAGGCAUAUGUUUACUUGGAUGAGGCUCACAGCAUUGGAGCUGUUGGAAAGACAGGACGAGGUGUUUGUGAAUUGUUAGGAGUGGAUCCUGCUGAUGUGGAUAUUAUGAUGGGAACGUUUACAAAAUCAUUUGGAUCAUGUGGUGGUUAUAUUGCUGCAUCCAAGGAGGUUAUACAAUAUCUUAAGUACACUUGUCCAGCUCAUCUAUAUGCAACAUCGAUAUCACCUCCGGCUGCACAACAAAUUAUAUCUUCCAUAGCGGUCAUUCUUGGAGAAGAUGGUUCCAGUAGAGGGGCUCAAAAACUUGCAAGAAUACGUGAAAACAGCAACUUUUUCAGGUCAGAGCUGCAGAAGAUGGGUUUUGAGGUUCUUGGAGAUCAUGAUUCUCCUGUUAUGCCCAUAAUGCUUUACAAUCCUGCAAAAAUCCCUGCGUUUUCUCGGGAGUGUUUAAGACAGAAUGUAGCUGUUGUUACAGUUGCUUUUCCAGCUACCCCUCUACUUUUAGCCAGGGCUCGUAUUUGUAUAUCUGCCUCUCAUACCAAGGAAGACCUUCUCAAAGCUUUAGAGGUUAUAAGUAAGGUAGGUGACCUCGUCGGCAUAAAGUACUUCCCUGCUGAACCAAACAAGCAGCAUCAGGAGCAAAUCACAAUGAAGUUGGAGUGAGCAUUUGAAUUUUCAUUGAAUUUCAUUUUGGUGAACAAUGUGUACUUUGUAGCGUCUAGAAGAAGCUGUAGGCUUUGAUUAUUUCCAGAUCUCCUCUGAGAAUCGGGGAAUGUUGUAGUUCUGUAGCCAUUUAUGUGCACGCAGAAUUGUCUGGCUUGUUUUCGUAUCUUUCUCAUAUGUAAUGUUCUAUCGGAUAUGGAUUUUGGCUUCAAUGUACAGAUAAAAACGAAAUUCAUUUAA